AUAUAUUUUGGCUUGCUGAUUUUUCUCAGAUGGUUUUUAUGAAGGGCCCAGUGAAGUUGCUGUGUUGUGUGAAGGUUUAUAGCUGCCUUAAAUAAGUGAGCUUCCCACCAAGAGAGGGAGAUGUUCUCCUGCAGUUUCGGGCUGAUAAGUGAAGAGUUGCCAGAAGUUCCUGUACUUUACAGAGAUGUCUCGUCCCUUUUGCUAAUCCAGAUUUUAACCAUGCCUCAGCCAUUGCGCAAAGAACACUUCACCUGCAUUGUAAAGGUGCUGUUUACUCUAUUGUACACCCAAGCCUUGGCAGCACUUUCUGUUAAAUGCAGCACUGAAGAUAGGAUGGCAUGGAAGCAGUCAGGAGCUCUCAAAAAGAAUACAUGCAAUGGAGAAAAAUCUUGGGAAGUAUUGCUGGGUCAUGUGGUGAGCGAGCUGUCUAUAGGAAAGAUAUAUGAAGAACAAGAGACUGAUGAAUUAACAGUGGUAAAUCCUGAUUCUGUAGAGUGCUAUCUGCAGCAGUUCUGCCUACCUUUCCUCAGGAUCACCAGCCUACUUCAACACCAUCUUUUUGGUGGGGAAUUACCUAGUUGCCAGGAAGAUGAAGAAUUCACAGUUCUUGCAAACUGUCUGGGUCUGUUACCAUCUUUUCAGUCAUCUGAUGAAUUCACCAGUGCCUCUUGUCUUGAUUGGCCAGUGCCAGCAUUUGACAUGAUAUCACAAUGGUGCUCAGAGUUGGCUUCAUUUGCAGACAGACAUCCAGAUCAAGUAAAGGCUUUGCUUAUCCAGGAGCCUAAGUGGGACUUACCACGUCUCCUUCAGUUGCCUGAGAAUUAUAAUACCAUUUUUCAGUAUUAUCACAGAAAGACUUGUACUGUUUGUACCAAGGUUCCUAAAGAUCCUGCUGUUUGUCUAGUUUGUGGUACUUUUGUAUGCUUGAAAGGAUUAUGCUGCAAACAACAGAGUUACUGUGAAUGUGUACUGCAUUCACAAAACUGUGGAGCUGGGACAGGAAUAUUUCUUUUGAUUAAUGCGUCUGUAAUCAUCAUCAUAAGAGGCCAUCGUUUCUGCCUUUGGGGCUCUGUUUAUCUAGAUGCACAUGGUGAAGAAGACAGAGAUCUUAGGCGUGGCAAACCUCUCUACAUAUGCAAGGAAAGAUACAAAGUGCUUGAGCAGCAGUGGGUGUCUCAUACUUUCGAUCAUAUCAAUAAAAGAUGGGGGCCACAUUAUAAUGGCUUGUAAAUCACCAUCAUCUUCAUACCAUAUCAUCGCUGUUACCACGAAUGAAUGCAUCUUGACUGACAAUAGCUUUAAAUGAAUGGGAGUUCAGCUCUUUGCCUCGGGGUAGAGUGGGGAAUGGGCAUAAAAGGGAAAUGGAACUUGGUCAACACGUGAAAUUUUUGCAUAAUAUGCUGCUGUUGCUAUUAAAUAGUCAUAUAAUAAUUUGAAAUUAAAUCCUCAAAAUGGUGUGAGCAAUGAUUGCACUCAGUAGUCCUACUUUUUUUUGUCCGAUAUUGUUAAGAAGCACAAGUUUUACUUACAGUUGUUUAGAGGCUCCAGGGAUAGCUGUCAAGUUUUUAUUUUUCUCUGCGUGGAGUUGAGUUUUUAGCAAUUUUUGCUGAAACUGUAUAUGUGUACUACAUCUUCUGUGUUGGAUAAUUUCUUUUGCCUUUCUUGUGUUGGUUUGAGGUUUUUUGCUUGGUAUGCAUUUGUAAUUAGACAUGAAUUGUACAAUGAUUGUGAGACUGCAUGGUAACAAUUGGUCUGAAAGUUGAAUUUUAAAGAUUAUUUCACUUACCACAAGAAGUCUGCUGAAAUAUUUCAGGCAUUACUGAAAACUUAUGCUUUCUCAGGAAUUUCAUACUUUUUUUUUUUUUUUUCUUCCUGACUCUUCCAUAUCAAUUGAAUAAACCAUUAGUGAUAACACAUACAAAAGUUGCUGUAUAUAGGGAAUCAGCAUGGCACCUGACACAGCAGAUUCCAAUCAUAAGUGUAACAGCCAUAAGCCUGUCUCUCAUUACAGACCAGACGUAUGUUUCAGAAUUAUUGGUUUGAAAAUGUGCGGGCUGUUCUACAAAGGAAACAAUUUUGUAUCUUUCCUGUCAUUUCAGGAGGUUCUUCUAUUGCAUUUGUUCAGAAUAAUCAAUAUUCUUUCUGCUUGGUUUUCCAAAGGACAGGAAAAAGAAACCAAAACAAAAAAAACUCGAGGGGUAGCCUAUGUGAACACAUAAUGCAUAUGCAGCCUCGCUGGAAGAAUGCCAGAUCAGUUCAUGUUUAGAGGGCUAAAACAAUUCAAGAGAACAGGCCAGACUGGACUAAACCCCGCUCUGUGUACACUGGCAGGAAAGAUUACAAUUAAAAUACUGGUAUGUAACAUAUCGCUACUGAUGUUUUUCCACAGGUGUUGGACAUGUUGGCUAUUUCAUACAGCACUACCAAGCAGUUCCUGGUAUUUUUGACUUUCGUAGCUUGUGUGUAAAAUAAAAUUUGUAUGUGUAAAAUAAAAACAUCUUAUGAUAAAAAAAUGUAUACAAUGAAAACAGUUCCCCAGUGGAAGUCAUUACUUAGUGAAAAGUGUAUAGGAGAAACAAAAUGACUGUGUAGUAAUCAAGGAGAAUAGACAGAAGGAAAAGUGACUAAAUACAAUGAAUUUUUCUGGAUAACUGCAACUCAAAAACCCCCCACAAUAACGGAUGCUGGUUUUUAUACAUACGUAUAAAUAUAUAUAUAUAUAUUUCAAAAGUAUUACAGUACUUCCUGUAAGAUUAAAAUUACUGUUUCACCAAUUAAACAGCUGUGUCUUUUCCAAAAUAUUACUUUUUUGAUACUGUAUUAUAAGUUCUGCCUGUAAUAUUUUUGCAUUGCUCAUUAUGAGUAUCAGGCCAUUUUGUAAGUGUGGUUGAGAAGCAAAAAGUUUCUUUACAUCUCCAGCAUAACAUUAUUACAGGGCUCAUGAACUUGAGUAAUCCUUAGUUUGAAGCACCGAUGCUAUAUUCACACGAGAUAACGUAUCCAGAAUUUGAUUACUGUGUUCUAUUUGAAAUGGAGCGUUCUCUGGUUGUGCAUAUGGAUGUGAAUUAAACUAAUAGCCUUAACUUUAACAUUGGGGUAUUUCAUAGUGUUUAUUUUAGUACUGGUGGAUUAGUCACCAGUCAAUUUAAAAACACAAAAAAAUUACUAUGUUGAAAAUUGUACUUGAAUAUCCUUGCAUGCUGCUAAACAAGAAUUUUGAUUUCCCCCAUUACUUUUUUUUAUCCUGUUUUAUGAAGCUAACUUUGAAAAAAUAACAGGUCCAAACUAGAGUGGCGUGUGUAUGCAUUACUCAAAUGUUCUGGUGUGAUAUCCUGUAGGAAUGAUCAUUUAAGUACAGUACAUUACUGUAGAAUAUAAAUCUAUCUUUAAAAUGCAUCAGAGAACUACAAAACUAGGAAUACAGUAAUCGGCAUUGUAAGAUAUGUUAAUAAAAGUCUCCUGUCAAUCUG